GCAUCAUUAAUCCAUUAGAGCUUGGAUCAGUGUGAGUGAACAGCAUAGGUAAAGAUGAGGACGACAUCUUUGUGUGUUUUGUGUGUUCUGCUGGCAAUGGUAUGCUGGGUUGAAACAAUGACUGCUGUGGAUAAAACCAACCAUUUCAGAAGUACUAUUAAACAAGCUAUGGAACUUACCAAAAAAGUAAAGCAGAAUGACACCUUCCUCAGCUCACCCACCAAUGACAUUGAGGAUUGCUGCGCUCAGUCUGCGCUUCAGUGCUUCAGCUCACAGCUGUUAAAAAUUCCAACCACUUAUAAGACUCUUCUGCGCAAGCUAAACAAGAAUCUGAGCAAGUCCGUCAUCGUGGAAAGUGUAGGAAAUUGCUCUCGUAAAGAAAGAGCUAAAGUCAUUUGCAAGUCUUGUGAUUCCUACCCAAUGGUUGACAACAAAGAAUUUUUGAAGAAUUUAUUGUCCUUUCUACAGAAGGCUUUCAGUCGACUCCCUUAACAAAGAGUCUAUAAUGAAGAUAAUGACAUGUGAAUGUGUGGACUACACUACCUAAUGAAGCCCGGGCACAGUCUCAAGCACUCUGGAUUAGCCCAUCUAUUUAUUGCCUAUUUAUUCAUUCAUUUCUUUCUUAUUUUAUUUUAGUGGCCUUUUUCAUUUUAGAGUUUUUGGUAUGUUAGCAAUAUGUUUAAGAGGAGGCCCUACUGCAAAAUUUAAAAUACUGUGUUAGAAGUAUAUUUCCAGUGAUUAUAAAUGCACUAUAAUGUUGUAAUAUUGUGUUAGACAUUUAGUAGAGGGUGUCAAUCAACUAAAAUACAUUAAAUACUGGUACUGAGAGAGGACUCGAACCAAGGCCUGAUAGAUGCUGCUAUAGCACCCCCUAGUGUACAUGCAAACUAAUUAUAGUUUUGCCCUUGUAUGUUCUUUCUGAAAACAGCAACAAAAAAAAGUGCUUCAAAUGUAUUAAUUGAAGUAUUUUCUUAAAUGAAAAAAUGUCUCAUAAUGAGAUCCACAGUAUUACUGUAUUCACAAGUAUUCAUUUCAU